AAAUUUUUCCAAUUUUUCAUUAGGAAAAACAUUUUAAGGAAGUUUUUUAGGCUGCCGGCUGCAGAGCAGUUUAAUUAAAGCCAUUAAAAUUUCCGGUUAAUCAGUGAAAAAUUUCCGUUUGCUGAUCAAUUGAAAUAUUAUCUGUAAAUCAUAUAAAUACGGGUCGAAUGUAAAAUUACGAUGACGUGCGAUUUAUUUUGAUGCCAAAUGCUGAAUUAUGCACGUGUGAUUUAUGCUGAACUAUCGUGAAAAUUAUGCAAAAAAGAAAAUGUGCAUUUUCGUUGGUAAACCGUGACAAGCAAGCAAAAUUUUAAACAAAAGAGAUCCACGGAAAAAAGCAUCAUAAUCUGUAAAGCGCAUUUGCCCUGAAAUUCUUUUCAUGAUUAAGCAAAAUAUGAAUAAAGAAUGUCUGCAGUGAAAACUUGAAAGCAGCUGUUUAAUCAACAAAAACGCCAAGCCCCCGUUUCCUCAGCAUUGUUUUGCCUUUGCGAAGGUGUUUAGCAGUAAUUAUCCAAUAGAUUGGCUAUAAAAACUGGCCGUCUGAUUUUUACUUACUGCAACUAAUAUCAAGGCAGACUCUUAAAUCAAAUUUAAACGCUUGGCACUGUGGAUUUACUUCGUUUUGUUGCCAACACGGCUUGCACAGCUAUUUACUUAUACAUCAAAUCUAAUAAAUAGAAAUAGCCACCCCCACCAAACAGCAGCAACAACAACCACCAACACAAAAAUGCUUGACUUUCAAAGUUAAUUUUCAAUCAAACAGCAACAACAAAACUUUUGUUUCUCUUAAUUUUGUUGAUUUGUUUGUUUGUUUGUUUUUUAUUAUUGCUUUUUUUUUUUUGUUCGAUUAAAUUUCUUCCUCCUUUUAUCCAAUUCAACGCGAUUGUUAAUCAUUUUAUGGUUCAUGCCACGGAGGUGUGUCUGUGUGUGUGUGUCAAGCAAGCAAUUUUUCUAUAAACGUUUGUUGCGAGCAAUUAUCUACUCGCUUCAUAUCCAUAGCUCCUCGAAUUUCCUGAAGCGAGCAGUUGCAGUUUUGUACCUAUUCCCGCUUUACUUAUAUUUUUGGAUUUAAAAACAUACCAGAAGAUGGUUAAGGAGAAACCCAAUUCAACACGCAUCUAUGAUAAAGAUGGCUUUCGUAGACGUGCGGCUUGCAUUUGCGUUCGUUCCGAUGCCGAAGCUGAGGUGCUUUUAGUAACCUCUUCGAGACGUCCCGAAUUGUGGAUAGUGCCAGGUGGCGGAGUCGAGCCUGAAGAGGAGCCAUCGGUAACAGCGGUAAGAGAAGUUCUCGAAGAAGCCGGUGUGGUAGGUAAAUUGGGCAGAUGUCUGGGUGUAUUUGAGAAUCGUGAUCACAUGCAUCGCACUGAGGUCUUUGUUAUGACCGUUACUAAAGAAUUGGAGGAGUGGGAGGAUUCGCGAAGCAUUGGUCGUAAGCGGCAAUGGUUUUCAAUUGAUGAUGCCUUGACACAAUUAGCCCUGCAUAAACCGACACAGCGACAUUAUCUAAUGCAACUGCGGCACUCGAAGAACAACUCAAACGUCAAUGCGAAUUCGAAUUCACCAACAACGGCUGCCCCAACCACAGCAUAAAAAUUAUACACAA